CCUCACUCUGGCAACACCCUUCACUCAGUCAAGAAGUGUCCACCUCUCUCUCCCUCGUGGGCAUUGCCCCUCCCGGGCCAUGGGCACAACACACAAGCCUGUGUACCCACCACGACUUAACAAUAAAGUAAGAAGCCUCCGAAGACGUGUAUCAUUCAUACACUCCGCUACCAGAACACCAAACAAUCUCGUUAUAAAUGGUGGGAAGCGGUGGUCGCAGCAGUUGUGUUUGCCCAGAGAGAGGAAGGAAGGAAUGAAGUCAUCUUCACUUCAUCAUCCCAUGCAAGAAGCAUCCGUCUCUCAACGAGUUAUCCUGAUGUCGUGUCUGCACGUUUGAGCAUCCAGACACAGGUACAAGCAGGAUCCAGCCGAAAUUUACCGAAUUUCUUCGACCCCACUCUACAGCGUCCCACGCUGUUUCUCAAGUCACGUGUUCAGUGUCACUUGUAUGUUGCUGUUGUUGUUCAGCACAGCACAGCUGUUUCAGCAAGCCAGAGCAGGGUAGCGUGUUUUCAUAGCAGAAGCAUCAGAAAGCAACAUGUUGUUGGAGGCGCUGGUGGCACUGGUGGCACUGGUGUUGGCUUUCCGGGUCUACUACAGGGUCAAUUCCGGUCGAUGCCACUCCCAGACGUCUUUAGUGGGCAAAACUGCAAUUAUCACUGGUGGCAGUGCAGGUAUUGGGAAGUACACAGCCAAGGACCUGGUGCGUCGAGGAGCGAGGGUGAUCCUUGCUUGUAGGAACCUGGAAAAGGCAUGCAAAGUGGCAGCGGAGAUCAGAGAGUCUCCAGGUAGCGUCGGGGAGGUGGUAGUGCGACAUCUGGAUACCUCCGACCUCGCCUCCGUCAGGAAGUUCGCCGAGCAAAUACUCCAGACAGAGACUGCCAUCCAUAUCUUGAUCAACAACGCUGGUAUCCUGGGACCGAAGGAGAAGCAGCUGACCAAAGAUGGAUUAGAACUGACCAUGGUGACCAACCACUUCGGUCACUUCCUCCUCACCAACCUCCUCCUAGGUAGGUCCUCCUCCUAGGCAGGUCUUCCUCCUAGGUAGGUACUCUUCCCCACCUACCUUCUCCUCCUCUUCCUCACAAACCUCCUCUAGUCUCAUUUCCUUCUCUUUCUCCUCAUAAUAAUCAUCAGGUUUCUCCUCUUCAUUACUCGUCUCUUCCUCGUCCUCCUCCUCACAUUCUCUGUGGCGUGUGUGCUGACUAAAUUCCAUUUAUUCUAUAGUCUUUAAACACCCACUGGCAUGCCCUCACUACCAGCCAACUGGUAAUUCAGAGUAUAGCUGUUCUGGGGCCCCUCUGCUGUGUCAGUUGUCCAGUUCAACCCACCAGUGAGAUCAGAACCUGCCUGGCUGUGAGGCAGACUCUCACUUACUCUGGUCUAGUCCACUUUUUCUUCUCUCCGAAUGGAUAGUUGUUCUGUCUUUAUCUUUAUUCUGGCAACUUAACUGUGUAAAUAGUGUACGUACGUAGCAGUAGAGAAAUAAUAUACGGAUUAGAGAGAAACUACUCGUUCUGUGAUCGCCUUGUUCCUUUAUUGCCAAGUUGCUAGUUGUGUUGCUGACUUGGGUUAUGGCAAGGUGCAACACUGCUUCAGUUGCUAUCUGUGUUCGUAAUAGAGCCCUACACAAUUCUUUUUAUUUCUCUU